AAGUAUGACUAAUGUUGCUAUGCCUUGCGCAAGUUCUGUUUCGAUAAUUGCUUGGGUGGGGUAAGAUUAUAUUCCCAAUAUUACGUAUGGCUAGUAAGAGCGACACUCGCCACGUAUUCAAACUUUAGUAUGCGUCUAAAUUGCGUGAGAAUGGAUUGUUUAUCUAUUGCGUGUUCCGCUGUGAUUGUAUUGAUAACAUUUGUCUAUUUAAUUUUCAAAUGGAAAUAUUCGUACUGGAAAGUUCGUGGUGUGCAGUAUUUGGAACCUUCCUUCCCGUUGGGAAACAUUCCAUUCAAGAAGAUACACUUCUCGAAGUACUUCGUGGAUGCUUUCAAAUAUAAGCAGCAAACUCCACUCGUGGGAGUGUAUUUAUUCGCCGUGCCAGUGGCAGUGCCGAUAAGCCUUGAUCUUAUCCAAAGUAUUUUAGUGAAAGAUUUCAGCAGUUUUCAUGAUCGCGGGGCGUAUGUGAAUGAGGUGGAUGAUCCCUUGUCCGCUCAUAUGUUUAAUUUAGAUGGCGAAAAAUGGAAAGCUGUCCGAACGAAAUUAUCUCCAACGUUUACUUCUGGGAAAAUGAAGUUUAUGUUUUCAACUGUGGUAGAGGUCGUCGAGCGUUUCAACUAUACUCUGGCGAAUCUUAUUAAAGUAGAACCUGAGGUGGAGGUGAUAGACUUGUUGGAAAGAUUUACAACUGAUGUAAUUGGAUCUUGUGCUUUUGGAAUCGAAUGUAAUAGCCUAGAGGAUCCUAAUUUCAUUUUUCGAUAUUAUGGAAGAAAGGUCAGUGAGGUUUCUCCAUUUAGACAUCUUUUUGUCGGAGCUUUUCCAAAUUUGGCACGAAGAUUACAUAUGAGAGCGGUCCGCAAGGAUGUUGCGGACUUUUUUAUAGAAACAGUGCGUAAGACCAUUGACUAUCGUGUGAAAAAUCAUAUUCGAAGAAAUGAUUUUAUGGAUUUAUUAAUUGACAUAAAUAAAGAUUCCGACGAGAGUGGCGAAGGGGCUGGAACAUCCAAAAAAUUGAGUUUAGAGGAUAUGGCCGCUCAAGCAUUCUUAUUUUUUGUCGCCGGUUUCGAAACGUCGUCUGCGACUAUGGUAUUCUGCUUGUAUGAAUUAGCCUUAAAUUCAGAUAUCCAGGAGAAAUGUAGGCAAGAGAUCAAUGGUGUUUUGACAAAAUACAAUGGAAAUUUGACAUACGAAGCAAUUAAAGAAAUGACAUACGUUGACCAGACAAUAAAGGAGACACUUCGCCAAUAUCCACCAAUCGGAUUUUUGAUUAGAAAAGCUGUUCGGGACUACCCCGUUCCAGACACAAAAGUAGUGAUUAAAAAGGGGAUGGAAGUGUUUAUUCCACUUCAUAGAAUUCAUCAUGAUCCUGAAAUAUAUCCAAAUCCUGAAAAAUUUGAUCCAGAUCGGUUUUCUCCCGAAAAAGUGAAAAAUCGGCAUACUGAGUCGUUUUUAGCCUUUGGUGAUGGUCCACGGCAUUGUGUGGGACAGCGUUUUGCAAAAAUGCAAACCAGAAUUGGUUUGACAACUUUGUUAAAAAAUUAUCGAUUUAAAACUUGUGAAAAAACACCUGUUCCCAUGGUCUUCGAAACAUUUAGAGGGAUAAUUUCUCCGAAAGGUUCAAAAUUAUUCCUGAAAGUUGAGAGAAUUUAGGAAAUAUAAUUGCAUUUAGUG